CUUUUGUUCCUGCUCCUGCUUCUGCUUCUGCUUUAGCUGCAGCUGCAGCUGUAGCUGCUGCUGUGCUCCUUUGUGCUGUCCGCGCGUGGCCCCAUCGAGCUAAACCAAUGCAUUUGAGUGCACAGCAACAACGCCCCAAGCAACAACAACAACAACGCGAGCAACAAGAGAUACACCAGAGAAGGCGUCUCACAUACCGCAAAGGACGAGCAUGUCAUCCCUGCAGCGCGAAUGGCAUUUACAGGGUUCACGGGGAUCGGUGUACUGCGCGAGUGAACCGGACCCAGCUGGUCGAGUCCAGUACGAGUCGGGAGGGCUCGUUCUCAACGACACGGCGGGGCAAUGCGUCGCCGGCGAUGCUGGCUGCGGCGCUGCCGGCCAGGCCACAAGCGGAUCCUUGUUCUCGGUUGUGUCAGCGCCACCUGCACCGCUGCCCACUGUGUCCCUGGCCCAGCUGGACGUCAAGCAAAUCGAGGCGCUGUGCGUGCCGUCGCCCUCGCCAUGCGCCUCGCCCGCGCUGCGGCCCGCCACGCUCAGCUUGGAUGCGCCCUGCUGUCCGCGCACGCUGCACGCCAGCCUGCUGGAGCACCAGAUCUCCGAGCUGGAAGAGGACGACAACGAGAACCUGUUGACUGUGUCCAGCAUAACGGCUCGUCCGUUGAUAGCCAAAUCGCACGAGUUGCGCAGCAGCCGCAAGCAGCAGCUGUCCUCGGGCACGGCUCGCAGCAAAUGCCUGAAGCGCGCGAAGGAGCUGGAGCGACCGUCCGCUCGUCGCAGCAGGCAGCUGGGUAAGGACCGCGACUCAUCUACCAGCACUACGGAGAGCGGCGGUGGCUGUGCUGCGGAGCCACCGGACGGCGGCUAUGGUUGGUUCAUUGUCUUCGGCGCCUUCUCCGUGCAGUUCUGGGUCGCCGGACUGGUCAAGUCAUAUGGCGUGCUCUAUGUAGAGAUCAUGGAGACCUUUCCCAGCUCCACGGCCACUGUGGCCUCCUGGAUACCAGCCAUCCUCUCUGCGCUCUGUCUCGUGCUCGCGCCACUCUCGAGCGCGCUCUGCCAGCGCUUCUCCUGCCGCUCCGUUGUGUUUGUGGGCGGCAUCUUUUGCUCUCUGGGCAUGGUGCUCAGCUAUUUCGCCACCAGCCUGCUGCACCUGCUCCUCACCUUUGGGAUUCUUACAGGAAUUGGUGGUGGUCUAUCGACGACCCCUGGCAUUGUGAUUGUCUCGCAAUACUUUGACAAGCAUCGCGCCCUGGCAAACGGGAUCUGUGUGUCGGGCACGGCGGCGGGCAGCUUCGUGCUGCCCAUAUUGAUAAAGCAUCUGGCGGAGAGCUGCGGAUUCCAUGGCACGAUACUCAUACUGGGCGGCUGCAUGCUGCACGUGUGUGUGUCGGCGACUCUGUACCGACCACUGAGCGACUAUGCCGAGCAGGCGCAGGUGCAGGCGCAGGAUGCGGCUGACAAGCCCAACAAUGAUGACAUCAACCCCAGCACUACGGGCAUGCUGACGACAUCCACGUACUUGGGAACCUGUGAGGUGGGCGCCGAUGAGCUCAACGACAAGUUCAUAGAGCAUUUGUUCCUCGAGGAGUGUAAGAAUCACCUGAACUACUAUGCCAGCAAGCAGUCAGCUCAAGACAAGUCGGCGCAGGAGAGCGAUGACGAGGUGAAGGACAUCAUUGGCGAAACCACCUUUAUAAAGCCCAUGAAAAAGGUGCGCAGCUCCGGCCUGCUGCACUCCGUGGAGGAUCUGAGCACAGACUCCACUUGGGUCUAUCGCAAACACUCAGGCACCGACUCGAAUCGCGGCAGUCGGCGACGUCGCAACGUCUUUGCCAAUGACGAGACCAUCAGCAAGAUCCAUGCCCAUCUCGAGAAGCCGCUUUCCCCACCGAGCGUGGUCAGCCGGGGUCUCAGCAAAAGCAUGGAAAUACCCACGCCCGUGAGUAACCUCAGCGAGCUGAAGCAACAGCCAUCGGAUGGCAGCAUUCUGGACUCCCAGCUCCUGGAGUCCGCGGUCGUCUUUGACGACGACGACGAUGACAAUGACGCCAUUGACGAUGAUGACGACGACGGGCGCCAGUUGAAGCGCAGCUGCUGCGCACGCAUUGAGAUGUACCUGGACAUCAGUCUGCUGCAGGAGCCUCGAUUCAUACUGAUGUGCCUAUCCGUAACACUCAUGUCUGUCGGCUGCCCCUACAUGCUCUACUAUCUUCCCGCGCAUGUCAUAUCUAUCGGCUACAAUAAAAGCGAAGCGGGGUAUUUAGUGGCCAUCAGCGCUGUGCUGGAUCUGUGUGGACGCCUGGGCUUGGGCUGGCUAUCGGAUCUGCAGCUCUUUGAUCGUAAGAAGACCUAUACACUAUGUAUCCUGGGUGCUGGCCUGGCUGUUCUGACAAUACCCUUUGCCAAGACCCUGGUACUGGUGGGUCUAUCCGCGGCAGUCUACGGACUAUGCCUGGGCAGCUGGUAUGUGCUGAUGCCCGUGCUGCUGGCGGAUGUGUUUGGGACGGAUCGCAUUAGCUCCAGCUACGGCUUGGUGCGCAUGUUUCAGAGCAUAGGGGCCAUAUCAGUGCCGCCGUUGGCGGGUCUGCUGAGGGAUCUCUCCGGGGACUAUGAGAUCUGUUUCUAUUGCAUGGGCUCCUGCAUGGCCUUGGGCUGUACGCCCCUCGUGGUAUGGUCUAUACUGGAGGCACGCAAUCAUCGGCUGUUCGUGCAACACGAGGAGGACGAAUGCGAGGAGGCCUAAGGCAAAGACUUCAUUCAGUUUGUUGAUUAGCAGAGUUAUACAAAAAUAUUUGUUUGUUGUUCGUGUUUUUAGUAGCCGUUACAGUUACAUCAGAAUAUAUUUUCCAUACCAGUACAAAUACAAGCAUAUAGGAAGAGAAACCCAAAAGAUAAUGAUACACAAUCGGAGUUCGAAUGCCUCACCGAUAUUGUUGAUACUCUUACUGAUACUCCCAUACGAGGAAACAAAUGCAACAUUUACUUUACUCAGCGUUCACACACUUUCCAUCCAUUGCAGGCAGCACUCAAAUGCAU